CUAGGCGGUUCUCAAGGCAACCACAGAGCGGGGCCUGGGCCAGGGUGACCACUGGAUUAAGCUGGGGCGAACCCUGGGCGGGGGCCGGGGCACGGGACAGCAGUCGUUGUUCCAGCCGCCGCUGUGAUUGGGCUAGGCCGGCCUCCCCCUGCGCUGGGCCCGGCCGGAUCAGACCUCGGGCUUCUGGCGGCGGGUCUGCGACCGAAGGGAGGGCGCAGUUCCUCAGGCAUCUGUGAGAAGUCAGGACUCCAGCCAUGCAGCCACAGGCCCUGCUCCAAAUGGACCGCCACAUGCCACAAAGGGAGCCACCCGAGUUUUCUUGGCAUCCAGCAGGUGACCUCUGACGUGCAUCCUUGACAACACGAGCUGCUUACUAACCUCCCAGGGAGGAUCUCUUUCCUCAGGAGAGCCAGGCUGAGUGGGUGAGGGCAGGCCAGGUCCGGACUAUGCCGUCCAAGUCAGCUUGCCUGCGUCACAUGGAGGCACCUGGGCAGCUGGAGGGCAGAAUGCUCCAGGGACAGCUUCUAAACGCUGAAAAGAAGCUCACCCCAACACCGGGCUCCCUACCAGCCACAAACUCUCAAGGUUCAGAGACAAACCCCAUACCUCCUUUCAGCAUUCCAGCAAAGCCUGGCGACCAGCGCCCACAAGCCGAGGCAAACCUCAUCACCCCACAGCCGCCCAUGAGACCCAAGUUGGAGCGAACCCUGUCCCUCGAUGACAAGGGCUGGAGGAGGAGACGGUUCCGAGGUAGUCAGGAGGAUCUGGCUGUCCAGAACGGGGCCGGUCCCUGCAGGGGUUCCAUUCGGGACUCUGCCGCCCAGUCCUCUGCCUACCGUCGGCCCCUGCCCUGCCUCAGCACAUCCCUACAGGAGAUCCCUAAGCCCAGAAGGAGUGACUCUCAUUCUGCAGGGAGCAGCACCUCCUUGGACCUCCUGCACAGAGAGGCUGCCCCAGGUGGGGGCUCCCCCAAGUUGGCAAGUUUGCGUGCCUCACACACACCACCAGCCAUGGACCUCAACAUAGCCUCCAGCUCCCUGAGGACAGCAAACAAGGUUGACCCUGAGCACAGCGACUACAGGCUCCGCAUGCAGAACAGACUGGUCAGAGCCCACAGCAGCCUGGGCCCUAGCAGGCCCUGGAGCCCCCUGGCUGGAGACGAUCACUCCAUUCAGUCAGCCAGAUCUUCCUUCAGCCUCCUGGCCCCCAUCCGCACCAAGGACGUCAGAAGCAGGAGCUAUCUGGAGGGAAGUCUUCUGGCCAGCGGGGCCCUGCUAGGAGCAGAUGAGCUAGCCAGGUACUUCCCAGACCGGAACAUGGCUCUGUUCGUGGCUACCUGGAACAUGCAGGGCCAGAAGGAGCUCCCAGCAAGCCUGGACGAGUUCCUGCUCCCCACUGAGGCCGACUACACUCAGGACCUGUAUGUCAUCGGAGUUCAGGAGGGCUGCUCUGACAGGAGGGAGUGGGAGACACGCCUGCAGGAGACACUAGGCCCUCAGUAUGUGCUGCUGUCCUCAGCCGCACACGGGGUCCUCUACAUGUCCCUGUUUAUCCGUAGGGACCUCAUCUGGUUCUGCUCAGAGGUCGAGUACUCCACAGUAACCACACGAAUCGUGUCUCAGAUCAAGACCAAGGGUGCCCUGGGCGUCAGCUUCACCUUUUUCGGCACCUCCUUCCUCUUCAUCACAUCGCACUUCACCUCUGGAGAUGGAAAGGUAGCCGAGCGGCUGCUGGACUACAGCAGGACCAUCCAAGCCCUAGCCCUGCCCCGGAAUGUGCCAGACACAAACCCCUACCGCUCUAGUGCAGGGGAUGUCACUACCCGGUUUGAUGAGGUGUUCUGGUUUGGGGACUUCAACUUCCGCCUGAGUGGUGGACGAGUGGCCGUGGAAGCCUUCCUGAAGCAGAACCCAGAGGUGGAUGUGCUGGCCCUCUUGCAGCAUGACCAGCUUACCCAGGAGAUGAAGAAAGGGUCCAUCUUUAGAGGCUUCGAGGAGGCAGAAAUCCACUUUCUCCCAUCCUACAAAUUUGACAUUGGGAAGGACACCUACGACAGCACCUCCAAGCAAAGGACACCCUCCUACACAGACCGAGUCUUAUACAAAAGCCGCCACAAGGGUGACAUCUGUCCUAUGAAGUACUCCUCUUGCCCUGGGAUCAAGACUUCAGACCACCGUCCUGUGUAUGGCCUGUUCCGGGUCAAAGUGAGGCCGGGGCGAGACAACAUCCCAUUAGCUGCCGGCAAGUUUGACCGAGAACUAUACUUGAUCGGAAUUAAAAGACGGAUCUCAAAAGAACUUCAGAAACAAGCACUGAAGAAUCAGAGCUCCAGUGCUGUCUGCACUGUGUCUUGAAGUUACCAAUCAAGACUGACCACUGCAGCUUGGGGACCAAGGUCACUGGGAAGAGAUGGGCUUGCUCUUUGGUGCCUCAUGUCAUGUUGAGGGUCCUCAUAUCACCACAGACCCCAGCCCUCAGGACAGCAGUGGGCUGUGGCCAGGAC